GGACACAGCUGGCUAUUCGCGCCCUAUUAAUGUUUUGCCCUGCAUCGCGUCACACAUACUGCGGCUCCGGGGUAUGGUACUGGAUACGGUGCAAGCCGUCGGACCCAGCGUACCCUGUGUCCAUGUAAACAAGAUAGCGUCAUACCUUCGGAUCUUGAUUCGAUUGUUCAUCAAAGUCGGCAUCUCAGCAACCACGCUGGCUGGCAACUCGACUGCCAGAACCUGGCAGGAACAAAGAUGGACGAUUGCUAUCAGAGCGAGAGAGACACCAGUGCGGUGUUGGUCUGGUAGCAUUACUGGAGGACUCGGGGUUCAGAUCAUCAUUGUCUCAGGUUCCUGCAGACCGCAAGAGCCUUGGGGUCGGUGGAGAUUCAGUGGGAAAUUGCGCUCUGGCGCUUUAUCAUAUAUCGGCAGCCGUCUGUCACGGAUUGGGGAAUUUUGGGCUUGGACCUCGAGGAACAGACGUCAACGACGAAGUUGUUAUGCUUUGGGGUGGGCAGUAUCGCUCACACCACCGACAAAGUUCAUCGACACUGUGACCAAACAUAUCCCUAUGCACCAGGCGCCUUUCAAGCUCGCAGCCCCACUAGGACGAGGCUACGAUGCCUUCGCAACACGCAAAAUCGCCUCUGGAUCAAUCAUUCUCCGAGAAUCUGCACUUUUCACAAUUCGCAAGCCUCACCCUUUUAUCAACGACAGCGACAUCUGGGCUGCCCUCCGUACUCUUUCAUCCAGUUCUCAGCAGCAAUUCUAUUGUCUCUGCGACAACGGCGGCGCAGAAUUCCGCUCUUUCACUGAAGCUUUCUCUGAGAACUGUUUCACCGUACCAAGCGCCAUGACCCGCGAAGCCACGGAUGGCAUCGGCUGCUACAUCCUGCUGUCUCGCAUCAACCACUCUUGCGUCUCCAAUGCGAAGAUACCGGACACCGCCAUCGAAGGCACGUCUAUUGCCUGCUUCACCACCAGAGACAUCGCUGAGGGCGAGUAG